CCGGGCGCAGCGCGCAGGCGGUGGCGAGGAGACGCGGAGCGGGCCGAGUGCGGCCGAGCAGGAGCAGGAGCGGGGCCCCAGGAGCUGGGCCGGGUCCGGACGGGCCGAGAUGCCCUAUAAACUGAAGAAGGAGAAGGAGCCCCCCAAGCUUGCCAAAGGCACGGCCAAACCCAGCAGUUCUGGCAAGGAUGGAGGAGGCGAAAGUACUGAGGAGGCCCAGCCCCCACCCCAGCCCCCGCCCCAGUCUCAGACACCAUCAUCCAACAAGCGUCCCAGCAACAGCACGCCGCCCCCCACGCAGCUCAGCAAGAUAAAGUACUCAGGGGGGCCCCAAAUUGUCAAGAAGGAACGCCGGCAAAGCUCUUCCCGCUUCAACCUCAGCAAGAACCGGGAGUUGCAGAAGCUUCCUGCCCUGAAAGAUUCACCAACCCAGGAGCGGGAGGAGCUGUUCAUCCAGAAGCUACGUCAGUGUUGCGUCCUCUUUGACUUUGUGUCAGAUCCACUCAGUGACCUCAAAUUCAAGGAGGUGAAGCGGGCAGGACUCAACGAAAUGGUGGAAUACAUCACCCACAGCCGCGAUGUUGUCACCGAGGCCAUUUACCCUGAGGCUGUCACCAUGUUUUCAGUGAACCUCUUCCGGACGCUGCCACCUUCAUCGAAUCCCACUGGGGCCGAGUUUGACCCAGAGGAAGAUGAGCCCACCCUGGAAGCUGCCUGGCCGCAUCUUCAGCUCGUGUAUGAGUUUUUCUUACGUUUCCUCGAGUCUCCUGAUUUCCAGCCAAACAUAGCCAAGAAGUACAUCGACCAGAAGUUUGUUCUUGCUCUCCUGGACCUGUUUGACAGUGAGGACCCUCGAGAGCGGGACUUCCUCAAGACCAUCUUGCAUCGCAUCUAUGGCAAGUUUUUGGGCCUCCGAGCGUAUAUCCGUAGGCAGAUCAACCACAUCUUCUACAGGUUCAUCUAUGAGACGGAGCAUCACAAUGGGAUUGCCGAGCUCCUCGAGAUCCUGGGCAGCAUCAUCAAUGGCUUUGCCCUGCCCCUUAAGGAAGAGCACAAGAUGUUCCUUAUUCGUGUCCUGCUUCCCCUUCACAAGGUCAAGUCCCUGAGUGUUUACCACCCUCAGCUGGCAUACUGCGUGGUACAGUUCCUGGAGAAGGAGAGCAGUCUGACUGAGCCGGUGAUUGUAGGACUUCUCAAGUUCUGGCCCAAGACCCACAGCCCCAAAGAAGUGAUGUUCCUGAAUGAAUUAGAAGAGAUUCUGGAUGUCAUUGAGCCUUCAGAGUUCAGCAAAGUGAUGGAACCACUCUUCCGCCAGCUUGCCAAGUGUGUCUCCAGCCCCCAUUUCCAGGUGGCGGAGCGUGCUCUCUACUACUGGAACAACGAGUACAUCAUGAGCCUGAUAAGUGACAAUGCUGCCCGUGUGCUCCCCAUCAUGUUCCCUGCACUCUACAGGAACUCCAAGAGCCACUGGAACAAGACAAUCCAUGGCCUGAUCUACAAUGCCCUGAAGCUGUUUAUGGAGAUGAAUCAGAAGCUGUUCGAUGACUGCACACAACAAUACAAGGCAGAGAAGCAGAAGGGCCGGUUCCGAAUGAAGGAGAGAGAAGAGAUGUGGCAAAAGAUAGAGGAGCUGGCCCGGCUUAACCCCCAGUACCCCAUGUUCCGAGCCCCUCCACCACUGCCUCCUGUGUACUCGAUGGAGACAGAGACCCCCACGGCAGAGGACAUCCAACUUCUGAAGAGAACGGUGGAGACAGAGGCUGUGCAGAUGCUGAAGGACAUCAAGAAGGAGAAAGUGCUACUUCGGCGGAAGUCAGAGCUGCCGCAGGAUGUGUACACCAUCAAGGCACUGGAGGCGCACAAGCGGGCAGAGGAGUUCCUAACUGCCAGCCAGGAGGCUCUCUGACCCCCUCACCUUCCCACCACAGGGCCACAGCCCAUUCAGCCCUGGGACGCUGCCCUCGCCCUCAACCCUCUGCUCCCCACUGGCUGACUUGGGGCAAGGCAGUGUCUCUCAAGCUACUCUAGAGAGGGGAUGUGGGCAUGUGAAGCAGGGACUCCCCCGGUCCCUCUUCUCCCUACAAUGUGUUCCUCGCCUCCCUGUGGCUAGUACAGACAGGCUGAGCACUGAGAUGCUCAGUAUUCAGACAUCUUGGGGAUGUCUGUCCCCAUCCUGCUCCUAACCCUACGGCUACCUGAGGCUGCUGAGAAAUACACAAGGAAUACAUAUGCUCCUCUUCUCUUCCCUUCAUCCCCAUUUGAACUCUAGGCAUCUCCUCUCCCUCCCGAUACACAGGGAGCAACAGGAGAUGAUCUUCACCAAAGUUACGUCAAGCCCCAAUGGCCCCUGGAAUGAGGUGGCCGACCCCCAACAGCACAAAUAGGCCCCAGCCACAGCAGUGUGCAGGCUGAUGGGUUGUGUUAUUUCCUCUUACCCCCAGCCUGACCAAGAUGAUGAGAUGUCAAAUGGAGAAAAGUAUAACUAUGGACAAUAGGUAAUGGAUAUUAUAGAGCCCUGAUGGACCAGAGAAAGGGAUGAAUGAACACCUGCCCUGUGCCCCCACUUUGGUGAGCAGCAGCCCCAGGAUCACAGACAUGGAAGGGACCACCCUGGGGCUGAUUGCUUUCCUGUGCUGUUGGUUCCCAAAGCCAGGAGAAAAGAUGCAGGGAGCAAUGCCCCAAGCAUGGUUCCCCCAACACCUAUUUAUUUCUCUGUGCUGAUGCUGGAAAGGCCAGCCCUUACUUGUUCCUUUCAGACACCUUGGAGUGGGGCAAGGGGCUGAGGGGGGCCACACCCAGGUUCCGGGGGCACAGGCAGUGCAGCUUUUGGCUGUGUACAUAGGGUGCUUUAUUCUCCACAGAGUGAUACAUGCUAAGGUGGGUUGGGCUUGGGCCAAUGUCCCCAUAUGUACAGAACUGAAUAAAGUGGGUCUCUGAGAAGAA